AUGCGUUCCUGUGAUUCUCGUAAUUGUAUGUCAUCAUCGAAAGCAAUGGCUCGAUUAGUAGCUGUAUGUCAAAGAGAACAAGUAUUAUCAUUUGAUAAACGUCAAAUUCCGAUCAAAAUAGAUGAAAAUCUCACUAUGAAACUUCAAUUUGAUGAUACAUUUAUGAAUUCUAAUCAUUGUGGUAUUAAUAAAAAAAGCAAAACAUAUGAUACAUUUGUUAAAACAUAUAAAAAAUUAACAAAUGAUGAAUUACAAGACACAUUAUCUAUACCUAUUAGUCAAAUAAAAGAAUAUAUCCCUCGUUGUAUAUCAUGUAUUGGUUGUCGUACAAGUAUUGAUAGUUUUAUUAAAUCAUUAAUUGAACAUCAUCAUCCAGCACUUGAACCACUUUUUAUUAAUGAAAAAGGAUAUUUUACAAUGAAACACUGUUAUAGUUCAAGUCCAGAGAAUAUUUAUACAUUAUUUUAUACAUAUGGUUCAAAAUUAAAUUCAUUUAUUGAAAGUAUACCAAAAUCAAAGAAAAAUCGUCGAUGUAAUAUACAUUUAUUCGAGAAAACAAAAUCGAUUAGUAAUUGGGAAGUUGUUUGGGAUUCAAUGAAUAAAGAAUGUCGAGAUGAAGUAACUCUAGUCGAAAAUGAUGGUUUAUUUAAAACAUUAGAGAAUUAUUUAUAUAAACAUAGAUUUUGUUCAGAAUGUAAACUUAAAGUCUCAGAAGCAUACGAUCUUUUAAUUAAUAAUUGUGAUCAUAAACAUCAAGAUAGAAAUGGAUUUUGUCCAACUUUAUAUGAAGGUUUACGAACAUGUGCUAAUGAUAAACAUAUUCAUAUUGAUGUUAAUAAAGAAUUUAUUGGUAACUUAAUAGCACGUGCUGAACCUGAUAUUGAUGGUAGUCAACGUGAACGUCAUGCUAAAACAUUAGAUAUUGCACAAGAAGAAGUAUUAACAUGCAUUGGAAUUUAUUUAUUUGAAAGAUUCGAUAAAAUCUAUCGUACAAUGAGAUCUGAAGAGCAAACUUGGCAAUUAUUGUUUUAUAUAGUUAUUGAUUGUUUAAGAUUAAAUUUUGAAACAGCUAUUGAUCGAAAGCAAGAUUUUAGUAUGACAUUAGAGAAUUUAUGUGAAGAAUUUCGUGUUGCCGAUGAAAUGAAAUUACAAAAAAAACAACAAAAACGUGCGAAGAGAAAAGCUCGUCGACAAAUAAAACCUAAUGAAGAUAAAGAUGUUAUAAUAAUUGAUCAAGAUGAUGAGAAAAUUUCAUCAGAAAUCAAAUUUCCAUCAAUUCGUGCUCGAGCAAAUAGUUGUUGUUCUUGUUUAUGUUAUUAUUGUCAUGAAGAACGAUCAAAUUCUCUAUUACCUAUUCAUACAAUGUCAUCUUCAAACUCUUUUAUUAAAUCUCCAUCAUGUCCUUCAUUAUUAUUAUAUUCGUCUGAAUGUUCAUCACAUCAAGUGAUUAAAGGACAUAAAAUAUGUUUAUCAAGUUCACUUGAAACUUUAUUUUCAUCAGUUUCAACACGAGAUUGUGUGUGUCAUGAUAGAAAUCUAGACAAACAAACAGUAUUGUGUGAUGAAUGUCCUACAUCUUCGUCUACAUCAUGUCUCCGUUGUUCAAGUACACGAACUGAUCUAGGUUAUUCAUCAGGACAAGAUGAUGUAUUUUCAUCUGGCCCAUGUGAAUGUUCAUCCGUAUCAUGUGAUACAUGUUUAAUUAAAUGUCCAUUACAUGAAGUCGAUGAAAAUUGUAGUGAUUCAAUUUUAUCUACUGAUGCUUGCAGUAAUAUUUGUUGUAUUCAUGAUAGAAUAAUAGAUUGCUCAAAACCAAUAGAAUUAUAUGAUACAACUAGAAAAAAUAAAGUGAAAUUACAACUGUCUCAUGAAUAUCCGUUUUUUACCAUGGAUCUAAAACAAAUUUGGGAUGAUCCAAAUUCGUCUAUAAUGGAAAAUAAAUCAUAUAUAUCUACUGAUGAUAUUAAUGAUUUUCUACUACACAAUACUCAUUUAGAAAGAAAACGUGCUCAGUUACGAGAUCAAUUGAAACUGAAAUGGCAACAACAAGCCAAUCAACGAUUUCCAUUUAAAACUUGGACAAAAUAG